GAAAUGUAAAAAUAAGCAAUAUUUAAUUAUCAACACUACAUUUCUGCAUGGUGUGCGUGUGUGUGUGUGUGUGUGUGUGUGUAUCCUUUCAAGUUCUGAGGACUUUAAUUUGCAACGUGUUGUUAUCAUGCACACAGUAUUUGAAAACUCCUGUAGCUGACCCAAAGAGCUAGCAGUUUUGAAUGAAGGAUGCAUAUUUUCAAAUAUGUUCUUACAUUUUAGUUUAAUUCACCUUAGAUGUUCCAGCUCCAAAAUACCUUCAUUUUUAAACUAGACAAGAUAAAAUGUGCAUCUAGUCUAAAUGAGAAAACUAUGUAUUUCCUCAUUAGUUUGAAACACCCGAUUGAUAUGUUUGCCAUGUCCUUUCGAGUAUAAUGUGUAAAUUUAUCUUAUCUUUUGAAGUAGAUAUGCUCAUGUCAGGUAACAUGCUUGAGCAGAUGUAAUAAUGUAUACAUUAAUACUAAUCUAAGAGUGUGCAAACACAAACUAUCACCAUUUAGUUUGAUUAUGAGAGGAGAAUUAUGUGUGGAAUUCCUUUAUGGUUAAGGUCAAUUGUAUCAAAAUGACUUGUCAGAAUCUAUUACACGAUUAGUCUUUCAGGAAUACAAAUACCUAACAUUUGAAACGAUGUAUGGUAGGGUAUAUGGAAACUUUAUUCACUCAGGAAGAGCUAUGACACAGCCCAUGUUGAAUACUAGGUUAUCAACGGGCUCUGCUCUCAAUGGACUGAUGAUGCCAUAGAAGAAGGCAGACAUAUACACAUCUGUAAUGUAGAGAGAUUGUUGUUGCAAUGAAGUUUUAUAUGUGUCUUAGUAAGGAGCAGAAGAUUUGAACUCAAAGAAAUCCUUUUUAGGAAGGAGAACUUAAAGUGGAAUACAGAGAUUGGGUUUGUCUUCCAGGAGGGCAUCUAGGAAGAUAGGUCAAGUUGAGGAGAGUGGUGAGUGCACAUGAACAGAGGGAUGGUGGCCAAUUCAAAUGGCCAAAUAGUUUUCACCCAGGUCUCUUUGGAGGGCAAAGGAAAGAUUUAAUACUUAGCUUGGCCAACAAAUUUAAACUUGGGAAACAAGGUAGCUGGUAGGCAUUUCCCUUGGGGGGUAAACAUCCCAACACCCCUCACUAUUCAGAGUCAGAGACUUUUAUUUAUCAAUAUUAUAUUUCUAUCUUCAGGCUACACAUGGGAACUACACCUCUCACUUCCAUUGAACUUUUUUUUUUCAUGCAAAAGAACUGAUUGGCACUAAAGACACAGACAACUAAUUUAAUGAAACAUUAGUGGUAAAGGGCUAUCAUUUCUGUUUCUUGAAAAGGUUUAUUGCCAAUUGAACACACUUCAAGAGACAUAAAUUAGCCUUAAUGAACACAACACUUUAGACUCUUGACAUGUUACAAUUUAGAAAAUGUAUUGUGAAAAGCCUGCUUGUACUUCGCUGGCCUUUGCUUUAGAAAAGAAAAAAAAUGCAUAGCAAUUUCGAAACUGAGUUAUUUUUUAACAACACGUAACUUUGUAUAAUUUAAAAUACUGGUUUUAUUUGAUCUGUUUUAAACGAUGAGAUUAAUUACUCUGAGGCAGAAGAAAGGAUCGAUUUGCAAUCUAUUUUCUCUUUUCAUUUUUAGUUUCUCCUGGGUAACCUGGGGAUCAUCCCGUAAAAGCCCUGCAACCUAAAAUGACUACUUCACAUCUGCUUUUCUGGCUUCAGGUCCAGGACCAAGUGUUGCAUCUCCAAGUGAUUCUCUUCUUCACUCGUAUGACCCUAGAAGCCAUGUUUACAAAUACACAUCCUAUAGCCGGCAUGCAGCUGUCUUUAUUAAGUAUGCAAGUGCUUCUUACAGAAUAAUAUUUUUAUAUUAUUCAUGUUUAUAAUAACAUUUUGGCAAGAAUGCCUGUUCUGGAAUGAAUAGAAAUGAGGCACAAAAUUCUGAAUGUCCCCAUAAUGGAUCGUGUUUGCACUUAUUCAGUAGUCCAAAAGCAAAAUAUUAUUAGCCAAAGGAGGACAACCAGUUUCAACUGGUAUCUACAUCUGGUCAAAUGAUUCGAGAUUCUUUAUAGCUUAAAAUGAGAUUACAGCUGUCCACACUCAGAGGAAGGGGAAACAGCAUGCUUCUCCUGAUUGCUGGGGCUGGGGGGUGAUUGCUAAUGAAUUUUAACCAGGUGUGUGGGAUUUCUUUCAGGAUUCCCUUUUCCUAUUUACAUAUAGUACUGUUCAUAUUUUGUAUGACCAGUUAUUGACAGAUGUCCUUUUCUUCCUUAGAUUUGAAACUAUAUUUCAUUUAAAACAUUUUGUUACAUGAUACAUAAUGUUAAAACAUUAUGUUUUACAUGAUACAUUUACAUUAUAGUUAUGCUGGGGUAAUUAAUUUGCAAGGUCACGUGAGAGGAAACAUAUUAGCCAGGGAAGGUCCUAAAUUGGCAUCACCUGUCAACUAAAGCGCACGAAGACACCAGUUCUUGCUGAUGAUGCCGUCACGUCACCAGCGCGAUCAUAAAAGAAGCAUCUGGAUCCUCGCUGUCUCAUGCGUUAUCCACGGCAGCGGCAUUUAAGUUGUGAUUUGGUAUUGUCUUCAAAUGUCUCGGAUCCGCGGCGAAUGAAAGGAGAUGGAAAGAAGCGUGCGCGCCUGUCAGCUGUGAGGUCAGCUCUAGAAGAAUGGCGGCGAGCCGGGGAUUCUCUUACCAUAAAGGAGCAAGGAAGUUAGUUUCGCGAGGCAUUACAAUUCUACCAAAUAUCUGGUUGGGUAGCUGCCCUCGACAACUGGAGCAUGUGACCAUCAAACUGAAGCAUGAACUGGGAAUUACGGCUGUCAUGAAUUUCCAGACUGAAUGGGAUAUCAUCCAGAAUUCUUCAGGCUGCAACCGCUACCCGGAACCCAUGACUCCAGACACCAUGAUGAAGCUGUAUAAGGAAGAAGGCUUGGCCUAUAUCUGGAUGCCUACUCCAGACAUGAGCACUGAGGGCCGCGUGCAGAUGCUGCCACAGGCUGUGUGUCUCCUGCACGCGCUUCUGGAGAACGGACACACGGUGUAUGUCCACUGCAACGCUGGCGUGGGCCGCUCCACUGCUGCGGUAUGCGGCUGGCUCCACUACGUCAUCGGCUGGAGUCUGCGCAAGGUGCAGUACUUCAUCAUGGCCAAGAGGCCUGCGGUCUAUAUCGACGAAGAAGCUUUGGCCCAAGCACAACAAGACUUUUUUCAGAAGUUCGGGAAGGUUCACUCUUCCAUAUGCACUUUGUAGGUGACCAACCACCCCUUCUAACUGCCUUAGUAAGGAACUUGGGGGUGUGGCUAGUGGAAGACCUGGAGACAAAGUUGCCAUCUGAAUAGGGGACGGUGUUACCUGGAGAUACCUUCUAUUGUGGCUUGGUUGGGCUUAGGUGUGAAAUAUUUUUCAAAGGAAACUGAAUGCCAUAUGAGAAAACUUCAAAGGCCACUGACAGUGCAAUGAAUGCCCAUAGUUGCUGAUGCCGUGGGCUGGGGGCCUUUGCCUACAAGCUUCACAUAGAUGCAUUUAUAGAUUUGUGACUCUUUGGCAUGCAAAAGACAAGAGAGUGGUUAAGUGGAUUUUUAUCAUUACUGUGAGUGUCACACACACAUACUGCAUGUGUACACACACACACACACACACAUACACACACACUCACACACACCACACACACAGCUUUUUACUGAACUGAAAUUGCAGUCGUGGCUUUCUGUAAUUUCCUUCAUCCUGUUUCAUAGUUGUUAACAUCUCUAAGACGCCACCCUCCUAAUUUUACUGUCCUCCCAGUAUGACUGCAGAAGUAGAGUUCACCCUCUGUUUUUCUCAUCUUUUUAUUGCCUUUUUUUCCCUUGGGACAGAAUUUGAAACUACUUAUUUAGUGUAAUACAGAAAACUGACCCUUGAACUCAUGGUAAUCCUCUUGCCCUGACCUCCUAGAACUGGGAUGAAAGGUGUGUGCCUUAUACUCAAUGCCACUAUUUUUCAAUUGAGGUUUGUUGAGUGUAGGCUGGCUUGCCCAAUCUCAAGGUGAGUAGGAAGGAGACGAAGCUCACAAUCCAGUUUAUUUGGCUCAGAGCUGCUUUCAGUGCCAUUGUGGGUUUUUUUUUUAACCAGACUAUCAUGGCUGCAGCUUUGUCUAUCUUGGGGUAACAUUGCUACCCCUGCUGUUGUUUCUACAGUGGCAAAUGAAACAGUGCUCUGAUGCAUUGCCAAAGAAUGUGGAAAACCGUUUUCUUUUGUUCAACCUUCUGUAAGCUGUGUAGGUUCUCAAGGCUAAUUUAUCUGAGAGGAAGGAACCUGCAGAGGCCAUGACCACAGAUUGUUGUACAGCUAGGGGCUAACCUUGGUACUCAAUUCAGUAUAACUGCUGCUCCUCCCAAAAUAUGCUCAGUUCUAUUAGAUUCUAUCAGAAGUACAAACAUCAGCAAAACUUUGCCUCCUAAGAUAUAAAAUCUAGAAACAGAGCUGUGUUCCAUCCUCUGGAAGAUAGUUCCCAAAUACAACUCAUGCGUUAAGGGCACAGAAGGGGACUUAUCUUUAGUUGAAUGCCACUGUGUGACAGUCACUUCCCUAUCUUUAAUGCCAUCACCACUCUUUCUGGGCAAGGUCAUCAUCUCUGUUCAGAUGGGAAAGUUGAGGCCCAGAGAAUUUACAGCACUUGUCUAUUUCUGUUGUCAUGGAUGAAGCUAGGUUUGUCUCUCAAAUCCCAUACUGCCAAAAGUUAAAGUAUGAUGCUUAAAUAUGUUUCUCUGCCAUAUUUUAUAAUCAAGUGUUAAUAGGUAGAGAUGGUUAUUUGGAAGGCACAGAGACAGUAAGGCCACAGCAUAAGUUGAGCAGUGGGGGCUGGCAAGAUGGCUCAGAGGUUAAGAGCACUGUCUGCUCUUCCAGAGGUCCUGAGUUCAAUUCCCAGCAACCACAUGGUGGCUCACAACCAUCUAUAAUCAGGUCUGGUGCCCUCUUCUGGCCUGCAGGCAUACAUGGAGGCAGAAAGCUGUAUGACAUAUACAUAAUAAAUAAAUAAAUGUUAAAAAAAUCUUUGAAAAAAAAUAAGUUGAGCAGUGUUCAGAAAAGGGAGUAUGUUCUUAACACUUAGAGGGGGUGGCAAAGGAGAGAGAGAGAGAGAGAGAGAGAGAGAGAGAGAGAUAUUUUUCAGCAUGAUGACACCCAUGGGAGGUGGCAUUUGCUUUGGGCAGAGCAGUCUACAGGAAACAUUUCUCUUGUAAUUUGACAAAGUUAAGUCUAUAAGCCAGCAUCAAGUGAUGUACAGCCUCUCCUAUGAAAUACAGCCAGAUGUAGUUGUUGUGUUUAAGAACCAGUUUAUGCUGCCUGCCCCUGGAACUGAACUGAACCGGUCACACAGCUCUCUGUACCCAAAUCCCAUGGUGGAGAGAGUAGGACUCUCAGAAGUGCAGACAAUCCUGAGAGUUAAGGGGAGACUGCCACUUCUGCUCACAUUCCUGGCCCAAGAGGAACCUGCCUAGAUCUGCUGGAUACAGAAACCUAGGAGCAGUCAGUGGGACCCUUCCAGUUUCUGUCUGUACCAACAGCCUAAAGCUAGUCCCCUGGAGCUCUGAGACACCAGAAAGCAGAGGUAAGAACAAUUCCACUGCUCCAAGUGACCUGCCUGAAGACUGCAGGUCACACAAAUCAGAAGCAGCUCUCUGUUCCCAGAUUUGACUGAAAGAAAACAGGUCUACAGGAGUGCUGAUACACAGGCUUACAGGAGGGUCAAGCCACUGCAGAGACAGCAAGACAAGCUAACACCAGAGACAACCUGAUGGCAAGAGGCAAGCAGGGGAAACAAAGCAACAGAAACCAAGACUGCUUGGCAUCAUCAGAGACAAGUUCUGCCACCAAAGCUGAUACUGGAUAUCCAAACAGACCAGAGAGCAAGAUUUUGAUUUAAAACCACAUCUCAAGAUGAUGAUACAGGACUUUAAAAAGAACAUAACUCCCUUAAAGAAAUAUAGGGCAACACAGGUAAAUAAGUAGAAGCACUUAAAGAGGAAACACAAAAAUCUCUUAAAGAAUUACAGGAAAACACAACCAAGCAGGUGAAGGAAUUGAACAAAACCAUCCAGGAUUGAAAAAUGGAAAUAUAAACAAUAAAGAAAGCACAAAGGGAGACAACCCUGGAGAUAGAAAAACCUAGGAAAGAGAUCAAGAGUCAUAGAUGCAAGCAUCACCAACAGAAUACAAGAGAUAGAAGAGAGACUCUCAGGGGGAGAAGAAAACUUUGACACAACCAUCAAAGAUAAUGUAAAACGCAAAAUGCUCCUAACCCAAAACAUCCAGGAAAUCCAGGACAUAAUGAGAAGAUCAAACCUAAGGAUAAUAGGCACAGAAGAAAGUGAAGACUCCCAACUUAAAGGGCUAGUAAUAUCUUUAACAAAAUCAUAGAAGGAAACUUCCCUAACCUAAAGAAAGAGAUGCCCGUAAACAUACAAGAAGUCUAAAGAACUCCAAAAAGAUUGACCAGAAAAGAAAUUCCUCCUCUCACAUAAUGGUCAAAACACCAAACACACAGAACAAAGAAAGAAUAUUAAAACCAGUAAGGGAAAAAGAUCAAGUAACGUAUAAAGGCAGACCUAUCAGAAUUAUACCAGACUUAUCACUAGAGACUAUGAAAGCCAGAAGACCAUGGGCAGAUGUCAUACAGACACUAAGAGAACACAAAUGUCAGCCCAGGCUAGUAUAUCCAGCAAAAUUCUCAAUUAACAUAGAUGGAGAAACCAAGAUAUUCCAUGAAAAAAAUCAAAUUUACAUAAUAUCUUUUCACAAAUCCAGCCCUACAAAGGAUAAUGGAAAACUGAACACAAGGAGGGAAUCUACACCCUAGAAAAAGCAAGAAAAUAAUCUCAUUUCAACUAACCCAAAAGUAGAUAAUUCCAUCUCUAACAACAAAAAUAACAGGAACAACAAUCAUUGGUCCCUAAUAUCUCUCAACAUCAAUAGACCCAAUUCCCCAGUAAAAAGACAUAGACUAACAGACUGAAUAUGUAAAGAGGACCCAGCAUUUUGCUGCAUACAGGAAACACACCUCAGUGACAGACACUAACUCAGAGUAAAAGGCUGGAAAACAAUUUUCCAAGCAAAUGGUCCUAAAAAACAAGCUGGAGUAGACAUUCUAGUUAUCAAAAACAUAAGGAAGGACAUUUCAUAUUCAUCAAAGAAAAAAUCCACCAAGAUGAACUCUCAAUACUGAGUAUCUAUGACCAGAUUCAAGGGCACCAUCAUUCAUAAAAGAAACCAUGCUAAAGCUCAAAGCAUACAUUGCACUUCACACGAUAAUAAUGGGAGAUUCCAACACCCCACUCUCAUCAAUGGACAGAUCAUGGAAACAAAUGAAACAGAGACAUAGAGAAACUAACAGAAGUUAUGAACUAAAUGGAUUUAACAGAUAUUUAUAGAACAUUUCAUCCUAAAACAAAAGAAUAUACAUUCUUCUCAGCACCUCAUGGUACCUUCUCCAGAAUUGAGCUUAUAAUUGGUCACAAAACAAGCCUUAACAGAUACAAGAAGAUUGAAAUGAUCCCACACAUCCUAUCAGAUCACCAUGGACUAAGUCUGCUCUUUGAUAACAACAAUAACAACAGAAAGCCCACAUAUACAUGGAAGCUGAACAACACUCUAAUCCAUGAUAAGGAAGAAAUAAAGAAAGAAAUUAAAGACUUUUUAGAAUUUAAUCAAAAUGAAGGUACAACAUACCCAAACUUAUGGGACACAAUGAAAGCAGGGCUAAGAGAAAAACUCGUAGUUCUGAGUGCCUGCAGAAAGAAACAGGAGAGAGCAUAUGUCAGCAGCUUGACAGCUCACCUGAAGCUCUAGAGCAAAAAGAAGCAAAUACAUCCAAGAGGAGUAGAAGUCAGGAAAUAAUCAAACUCAGGGCUGAAAUCAACCAAGUAGAAACAAAAAGAACUAUACAAAGAAUCAACAAACCCAGGAGCUGGUUUUUGAGAAAAUCAACAAGAUAGAUAAACCCCUAGCCAAACUAACUAAAGGGCUUAGAGGCAGUAUCCAAAUUAACAAAAUCAGAAAUAAAAAUGGAGACAUAACAACAGAAUCUGAGGAAAUUAAAAAAAAUUAUCAGAUCCUACUACAAAAGGUUUUGUUCAAUAAAACUGGAAUAGCUGGAGAAAUGGACAAUUUUCUAGACAGAUACCAGGUACAAAAGUUAUAUCAGGAUCAGAUAAACCAUCUAAACAACCCCGUAACUCCUAAAGAAAUAGAAGCAGUUAUUAAAAGUUCCCCAACCAAAACAAAACAAAACAAAAACAAACAAACAAACAAACAAACAAACAAAAAACCCCAGGACCAGAUGGGUUUAGUGCAGAAUCCUAUCAGACUUUCAUAGAAAACCUCAUACCAAUACUGUCCAAACUAUUCCACAAAAUAGAGAAGGAGCACUAUCCCAAUUCCUCCUAUGAAGCCACAAUUUCUUUUAUACAUGAACCACACACAAAGACCCAACAGAAAGGUAACUUCAGACUAAUUUCUCUUAUGAAUAUCAAUGCAAAAUUACUCAAUGAAAUUCUCGAAAACCGAAUCCAAGAACACAUCAAAAUGAUCAUCCAUCAUGGUCAAGUAGGCUUCAUCCAAGGAAUGCAGGGAUGGUUCAAUAUACAGAAAUCCAUCAACACAAUCCACUGUGUAAACAGACUCAAAGAAAAAAACCACAUGAUCACCUCAUAGAUGCUGAGAAAGCAUUUGAACAAAUUGAACACACCUUCAUGUUAAAAGUCUUAGGAAGAUCAGGAAUUCAAGGUCCAUACUUAAACACAGUAAAAACAAUAUACAGCAAACUGCCCACUCUCUCCCUACUUAUUCACUAUAGUCAAAGUCCUAGCCAGAGCAAUGAGACACCAAAAGAAGGUCAAAGGGAUAAAAAUUGGAAAGGAAGAAGUCAAAAUAUCACUGUUUGCGGAUGAUAUGAUAGUAUACUUAAGUGACCCCAAAAGUUCCACCAGAGAUCUACUAAGCCUGAUAAACAACUUCAGCAAAGUGGCUGGGUAUAAAAUAAACUCAAAUCAGUAGCCUCCCUCUACUCAAAGGAUAAACAGGGUGAGAAAGAAAUGGGAAAUGACAAAAAUAAAAACCAUAGGAUAGUGAAAACUAUCCACAACAAUACAAGAACUUCUGAGGGAAUCAUCAUACCUGACCUCAAGCAGUAUUUCAGAGCAAUGGUUACAAAAACUGUAUGGUAUCAGUACAGAGACAGGCAGGUAGAUUAGUGGAAUAGAAUUGAAGACCCAGAAAUGAACCCAUACACCUAGGGUCACUUGAUCUUUGACCAAGGAGCUGAAACCAUGCAGUGGGGAAAAAUGGCAUUUUCAACAAAUGGUGCUGGUUCAACUGGAGGUCAGCAUGUAGAAGAAUGCAAAUGAAACAAUUUUUAUCACCCUGUCCAAAGCUAAAGUCCAAGUGGAUCAAGGACCUCCACAAUAAAGCAGAUACACUCAAACUAAUGGAAGAAAAAGUGGAGAAGAGCCUCAAAUUCAUGGGCACUGGGGAAAAUUUCCUGAAAAACACACCAGUGGCUUAUGGUCUAAGAUCAAGAUUCGACAAAUGGGAUCUCAUAAACUGCAAAACUUCUAUAAGGAAAAGGACAUUGUAAUUAGGACAAAAUGGCAACCAACAGAUUGGGAAAAGAUCUUUACCAAUCCUACAACAGAUAGAGGACUUAUAUCCAAAAUAUACAAAGAACUCAAGAAGGUAGACUACGGGGAGACAAAUAACCCUAUUAAAAAAUGAGGUUCAGAGCUAAACAAAGAAUUCACAGCUAAGAAAUAAUGAAUGUUUGAUAUGUACCUAAAGAAAUGUUCAACAUCCUUAGUCAUAAGGGAACUGCAAAUCAAAACAACCCUGAGAUUCCACCCCACACCAGUCAGAAUGGCUAAGAUCAAAAUCUCAGGUGACAACAAUACUUGUGAGGAUGUGGAGAAAGAGGAACACUCCUCCAUUGUUGGUGGGAUUGCAGACCGGUACAACCAGUCUGGAAAUCAGUCUGGAGAUUCCUCAGAAAAUUGGACAUUACACUACCUGAUGAUCCAGCUAUACUAUUCCUGAGCAUAUACCCAAAUGGUGCUCCAACAUACAACAAAGACACAUGCUCUACUAUGCUCAUAGCAGUCUUAUUUAUAAUAGCCAGAAGUUGGAAAGAUCCCAUAUGCCCUUCAACAGAGUAAUGGAUAUAGAAAAUGUGAUACAUCUACACAAUGCAAUAUUACUCAGCUAUCAAAAACAAUAACAUCAUGAAAUUCAUAGGCAAAUGGAUGGAACUAGAAAAUAUCAUCCCAAGUGUGGUAACACAAUCACAAAGAUACACACAUGGUAUGCACUCACUGAUAAGUCCAUAUUAGCCCAAAAGCUUGAAUUACCCUAGAUAAAAUUCACAGACCACAUGAAGCUCAAGAAGAAGUACCACCAAAGAGCAGAUGCUUCAGUUCUCCUUAAAUGUGGGAACAAAAAUUUUCAUAGGAGGGGAUAUUGAGACAAAGUUUGGAGACGAGACUGAAGGGCCAUUCAGAGCCUGACCCUCCUGGGGAUCCAGCCCAUAUAUAUAUAUAUAUAUAUAUAUAUAUAUGUGUGUGUGUGUGUGUGUGUGUGUGUGUGUGUGUGUGUGUGUAUGUAUGUAUGUAUGUAUGUAUGUAUGUAUGUAUAUGUAUAUACAGCCACCAAAACUUAACAAUAUUGAUAAAGCCAAGAAGUGCAUGCUGAGAGAAGCCUGAUAUAGCUGUCGCCUGAGAGCCUUAGCCAGAUUGUGACAAAUACAGAGGCAAAUGUUAGCAGCAAACCAUUGAACUAAGAACGGGGUCCCUGUUGGAGAAAUUAGAGAAAGGAUUGAAGGAGCUGAAGGGACUUGCAACCUUAUAAGAACAGUAUCAACCAACCAUAGCUCCCAGUGACUAAACCACUACUACACAUGGACAGACCCAUGGCUUCAGCUGCAUAUGUAUCAGCAGAUGACCUUGUUGGACACCAAUGGGAGAAGAAGCCCUUGGUUCUGCCAAGGGUGGACCCCCCAGUGUAGGGGAAUGUCUGGGUGGGAAGUUGGGGGAGGGGGAGUUACUAGGGAGGGGGAAUACACUUUUAAAAGAAGCAGAGGAGGAUGGGAUAGGAGGCUUAUGGCCAGAAAACCGGGAAAGGGAAUAACAUUUGAAAUGUAAAUAAAAAUAUCCAACAAAAAAUAACCAAUUUAUAGUUAAAAUGUAUUAUUUAAAAUUAAAAUUUAAGUGGACUAUUUUAAACUAAUAUAAUGGUGUGUGUGUGUUUGUGUAAUUUUCUUAAUGUCUUAAGACAUCUGGCCAUGUAAGUUCCACUGUACAAUGCCCUUUUUAAGGUGAAAUUUUCUCUAUUGCUUUGAUAAAUAAAAUUUUUUGGAACUAUUGAAGAACAUUUUAGAAUGACUUCAGUUUGCCUUCAGUGAGUGUUUUGUCUAAUGUGCCUCAAAAUCCACCCAAGAGUUUUGCUAAAUAAAAACAUAAAAAAGAG